ACCGCGAUCGCCGCCCAACAGUCCAAGACUGCCGUUGUCAAAAUUCGGCACCUUGCACAGCAACACAUCUUGUGACCUCAAACUAGGCGGCUAUUGCGUCAACUUCCGAGACUAACCCUGCUGUACAUGAGCUCGACAAUUGGCACUAAAAAAACCAACACGAAACAAACUCGACGGAAACCCCGUAGCCCUCAACGUCAACGGUUAUCACAGCAACACAAAACAACGGGCACGCCACAUUGCGACCCAUAAGCAACCUCAGAUAAUGCGCCGCGACAACGUCUUUUUCCGGACGUAGACUCCAGCAGAUGAGCUACGACUUGUGAUGAACCCAAAACCCUCUUCUUCGAACUCUUCGGGGCAGUGGCCGCCCAUACGUCCAUCCAGGCGUAGCAAACUUCGCAAUGGAACCUUUGUGAUCCCAACUACCGGCGAGCGGUCACGGAGACAAUUCACCCUUCGACAUGCCCCAACUGGCCUCGAAAACGCGAACAACAACAGCGAUUUGUCGCGAAACGACGAUGACGACGAGUCUUCUUCGGGCAUGUUUUCUCGCAAGACGCUAGCCAAGCCUUUCCGAUAUGCGACCCAUGGGCUUCUAGAGGCAUGCCUCAAUCUCUACAAGUUCCUGGGCACCCCCAAGGGCCGCGGUGUGCUGAAAUGCACUCUUGCAUAUGUGUUGGCUAGCUUGAUGACCUUUAUUGAACCCGCCUCUGACUUUCUGGGCAAGCGAGAUGGGAAACAUGUGGUGGCCACCAUCACCGUUUAUUUCCACCCCGCCCGGUCGGCGGGUUCCAUGAUAGAGGCUACGCUUAUAGCGAUCGUGGCAGUUGCCUAUGCAGCCGUCGUCUCGCUUUCGUCUAUGGCAACUUCGGUUUUUGUUGGUUCUGUCCUCGACAAGCCUACGUUGGCUCAUAUCCUUGUCCUGGUCUUCUUUGUGGCGGGAGGUUUCGGCUUCAUCGGCUGGGUGAAGCAGAGGAUGAACAACCCACUGGUCAAUGUGGGCGGUACACUUGCUUCGCUUGCCAUCAUCAGCGUUGUAACUAGGGAAAACGCAACAUUCGCCAGCGUAUGGGACAACACCAAGAUGGUUCAAGUUUUCAAGAUGUUGGUAAUUGGCAUCACCAUCACAGCCUCAGUGAACUUGCUAUUGUGGAGGACAUUUGCUCGCGAUACGCUGAGGAAAGCCAUGGGCACAUCGUCCACCUCGCUCGGCGAGAUGCUUUCGUAUGUCACUCAUAGCUUUCUGAGUGGAAAAGAAGAGGAACUCUUGUCGGAGCAAUUUUCCAGCUCUGUUUCCGUAUAUCAUACAAGCUACACGACCAUGACCAAUGUUUUGCGCGAAGCGAAAUACGAGCAUUACUUUCUGGGCCACGAGCGAGUCUAUUCAUUAGACAAGGCCGUAUACAAGUCAAUCGAGACUCUCGCACAAUCUAUCGGUGGAUUAAAGAGUGCAGCAAACACUCAGUUUGCGCUGCUGCGGGAGUCGGCCGCCACUGCAGUCGAUCCUGAUGGCCAAAGGACUGGUGACGUAUCACCGACGUCCAUUGGCCCUCCGACGUUGUUUUCCCCAUCGCUUCUGUCUCGGUCAUUCUCAAGCUCUUUGAAGAGUGGACUUGGAAGGCAUCCAGCCCUUUCUGCUAUCGACGAGGCCACUGACGAGGGAAGCAGCCAGGAGGGCAGUCCUCGCCCCUUUGUCAGGCGUUCAAAUAGUGAGUCCAAUGCUACUCAGACGACUCAACCAGCAGUCUUCCGCACUUCAUCCGACAUUUUCUCACUCUUUAUCGAGCUGCUUGGGCCGUCUAUGAAGUCCCUGGCCUUCACGCUGUCUGAAAUUCUCCGCGAGCCGGCUUUCGGAGCAGCGCCUCAUUAUGUUGUAAAUCUCAACGACAACUUCAGACCGAGUCUCAUGGACGCGCUUGGCUUAUACAAUGAGGCCCGCGGCAAGGCUCUCAAUGAGUUAUACAAAAACAUCGAACUGGGCCGUCCCAACUAUUCCGACGACCUCAAAGCGGACUUUGAGGAGGUGGCAGCUGCUUGCGGCCACUUCAGCUUUAGUCUGCAAACUUUCGGCGAGGAGAUGUCCAAAUAUCUAGACGUGCUAGAUGAUCUCAAGCAUGCGGCAGAGGAUGGGAAGGCAGGAAGAAGCUGGGAAUGGCUUCGCUUCUGGCGAAAGAACCGAGCGCAUUCGCUUUUCAACACGGCGACUACCUUGCCCUACGAGCACCGUGAUCAGGACCAAGAAAGUUUAGUCAGGCCGAUCAGGCGGUCUCAGCUGCCCAAGGGCAUUCCAUCAACAAUGACUUCGCACCGGGACACGUACAGCUGGCAGCUUGCUGGUGACGAAGCAAACAAGCAUGUGAGCAGGUUUGCGCAAGGCUUGUUGCGCUGGGCGAGACGAUGGGCCAGAGAUGAUUUCCGCUUUGGCCUCAAGGUUGGCAUCGGUGCCAUGCUGUGGGCUAUGCUCGCGUUUAUCCCAUCUACGCGCCCGACAUACUCACACUGGCGUGGUGAAUGGGGUUUGCUAUCGUUCAUGGUGGUUUGCUCGAUGACGGUGGGCGCCUCAAACACUACCGGAAUAUCAAGAUUCAUUGGUACAGUCUUUGGUACCGCGCUCUUCCUAGUCAACUGGACGGUCUCGGACGGGAACCCGGUUGUACUGGCUAUACUAGGUGGCUUUGUUGCAUUCUACAACUUUGUCGUGAUCGUGGCACGGGGCAAUGCCCCACUGGGCCGCACCGCGCUGCUUGCGUACAACGUCACUGCUCUUUACGCAUACAGCAUUUCACAAAGGGUUGACGAUGACGAUGACGACGAGGGCGGGAUGAACCCGUACAUUGGUGAGAUUGCUCUACACAGAUCCCUCGCUGUUACAGCUGGUAUCAUCUAUGGUCUGUUCGUUUGCCGAGUGGUGUGGCCUAUUUCAGCGCGUAAGAAGUUCAAGGAGGGUCUAUCGGUGCUAUAUCUUCAGAUGGGGCUCAUUUGGAAGCGAGGUCCGCUGGCCAUCUUGCUGCGUAGCGACUGCACAAGGUCGUAUCUGAAGUCGGGAGAGCAGGUUGCAUUACAGAGAUAUGCCUCUCGACUGGAAACUUUGCGCCGCGCAGCAGCGUCUGAGUUUGAACUCCGCGGGCCUUUCCCAUUCGACACGGUAGGGCGCAUCCUGGCGGCCACCAACCGCAUCCUGGACGCUUUCUACGCCAUGAGUCUCGUGACUCAGCGUCGCGGUCACCUCAGCGACGGGGAGCGCGAACUGCUCCUCUUCACAGCCAAGGAGCGGGCGGUCCUCUGCGAUCGCAUCUGCCACGUGUUCCAGGUACUAGCAAGCUCGAUCAUGCUCGAGUACCCGAUGACCGAGUCGAUCCCGAGCGUGACGCACACGCGAGACCGCCUGCUGGGCAAGAUCUUUUGGUUCCGGAAGGAACACGCGGCGGCGGGUGCCGCGCUUGCAGCCGUCGAGGGCUCCAUAAUAGCGGACGAGGCCACGUCCGCCAUGGGGAUGGGAAGCUCGCGCCCGCCGCCGCCCCCGGCGCCCAGGAGACGGUCGUCUGAGGCAUCGGUGGUGGACAAGCUUGGGGAUUGGGCGAGGAUUGGCGCUGUCACGGUCGAGGAGCGCGACUAUGCGCUUCUGUACGCCUACGCACUGGUCACUGGGCAGGUAGCCGAGGAACUCAAGAUGGUGGAGAAGGAGAUUGAAAAUUUGUAUGGGGUGUUUCCAGAUGAUGUGAAUCUUUUGGAGUGAUCUGGAAUCACGCCGGCAGAAUAUAACUUGGCUAGGCUAGAAUAAUAUAAUACGGCGUCUGGGAAGAGAGAUAAUCAGUUUGGUUGAUUAUAAGAUGGUGGAAGAAAAGUACUUCGGCAAGAAUAUGUAAUUGUCUCGGUAGCUAUGUAGGUGGCUUGGCUGUGGCCAUUCUACUGAGGGCAAACAAUAUAGCAAACAGGUAGAAGCACACAGGCAAUGCUGAGCGAUUGUUACCCAAGGUA